AUAGUAUAACCAAAAUCGGAAACUCUGCCAUCAUAAAUUUCCUAAUAAAAUUGGCAGCAGAUCUUCAAGAACUCGGGCUACUUAGCACUUUUAUUAAAGCCUAAUAUAUGAAAUCAUAAAAUAUGAAUAAGCAAACAUGAUAAACGGAAAUGAAUUAUAUAGUAGAUUCGAUAUGACCCGCUAUCGAGAGCUAGAACUGGUGGGCAGGGUGGUCACAGUCAGCAGCGUUUAUCUGAGAGGCGCUACAGAAGACGGAGCCAACGAUUAUUGGCAUUUGGUUAUGCUUAUUAGAUUUUCGAAGCUUACGUUUUGGCCCGUUGUUUACCACAUAUAAAAUUGAAGAGACCAGCUGGCCGGAUUGGCAGUACGGUGGCUAACUUUGAACCUCGCAGACGUCGAAAUUCCGCAGCGGAUUACAUCGGAUCGGAAAAUAUUACAAAAUCAAUCAUAAAUCCCCCAGCGUGCCUGUUGUGUUUUUUAGUGCCUGUGCGAAAAGAUAAACCGAUAUAAAAUCGAGAAAUAUGCGAUAUUUUCUCAUUGGCCUGGUGUUUCUGGCCCUCAUUUGGGUGGAGGCGGAUGGCCGUCUGGUGAGGGUUCGCCGUAUCCGGAGAUUGGUGGGUGCUGGUGAGCGGGAUGCCCAGAUAACGGACUUCCGGGUUUCGCCUUCGGAUGAUGAGGGUGUGUUUAAGUAUGCCUUUAAGACCAGCAAUGGCAUAGACGUCCAGGCGGCCGGAUCUCCACUGGAAACCAUUGGGAUCUAUAGUUACACCUCGCCCGAGGGCCUUCCCAUCGAGACACGCUACAUAGCCGAUGAACUGGGCUUCCAUGUGGUGGGCCGACAUCUGCCGCAGCCACCGCCCAUACCCGACUAUAUCCUGCGAUCCCUGGAGUACAUUCGCACCCACACCGAGGACGGCAAGCUGAAAAAGCCCCAGUUCUUCUGAAGUUCCUGAAAGGAUUCGAUCCACCAUCAUGUCCACCAUCCACAUCGAUUUGGAUGCAAGUGUCCAAGAAGAAGGCUGAACACCAUAGCAUGUAGUAAUCACCAACUAACUUUAAUAUCUUAAGACUCGAGACCUAGAAUAAGUUGUUGCUAGUUGUUCUAAGCUUUUCGAAACGAGCAAAUGUUUUCCGACCACCGCAAAACCUUGGGACCGUUCUGCUUGGGCUUUAAAUCAAUCGAACCAUCGAUUCUUUCACGGUGUUAAUUUAUGGCCUUUGCGCCCAUAAAGAGCAAACAAAGGCACGCCCAAACACAAAAUAUCGGGUGACCCCAACGAAUUCUAGCUUGUUAUCCCAUUAACUGCUAACAGCUUUAUUUGUCUGCGCGUCUGAUUAAUAUUUACGUCUAUUCUCAGAUAUGGAAAUUUGAAAACUGGAUGGAAAUGAGUCGCUAUUCUGUUUGGCGGCCUUUCGAUGACUUAAUAAAACUAGGAAAUUUCUUUCCGGGUAAACCACCCAACUCCAAAAAGCCGCCGGGGAGCAUUUGCAAAGUUUCGAAACAAGUUCGGUUUGCUCGAAUUUAAAUACGACCUAACAUAUUUCUUAAGCGAAUAAAACCAUGCAAAUUGCGAAAACAUUUGUUCAAACCAUGUGUUUGAUUUUCAUCUGGCAGCCUAAAAGUAUAGU